AUGUUCUGUGCUCUAAUUUAUUUGAUUAUAGGACUAGCUUCUGGUAAGGGAAUAUCCUUUAGAUGUUUAAUCGCCUUGGAUAAGUUUCAGCUGCUAAUCUCUGUCCAAAUGGUUGGAUUUUCUCGACACAAACUUCAUAUUGUUAUUAUAUAUCCAACCUAACAAUGACUUGGGAUCAAGCUUCAACAUAUUGUGAUGGAAUUGGUGGAACAUUUCUGACAAUUAAUACCUACACAGAAUACACUUACCUGAAAAAUUUCACCGCAACAAGUAUGCUACAACCAUGGUUAGGUUAUCAUCGAAAUCUUACGACUGGAAAGUUUUAUGACCUGUCAGGUUCUCAAGCAUGGGCAUAUUGGGGAACAAGUAAGCUUAGAGUUAGAACAACUCGCUAGUUGGUAAAAUAUUUUAAUCAGAUGAACCCAGUAUCAACGGUGAUUGUGUGAGUUUCCGCGGAAAUGAUGGAAUGCAAGCUACUCCGUGUUAUAAUAUUCAACCAGUUUCCUGCAAACAACAACCAUCUUUGUGUCCAAAUCAAACUCAAUAUGGUGGAAGUUACACAAGAAGUGGAACCAUAACUUCACCAGGAUAUCCGGAAGCAUAUUAUAAUAAUUUAGAUUGUCUCUAUACUAUUACUUGUAAGUAAAAAUCAGUUUUUUCGUAAAACUUGUUUUUUUCAGCUCCGAAUGGAACCUUCAUUACAAUAACUUUCAGUCCCUAUGAAGUUGAAAGUAUUUAUGAUUAUAUCAGCAUAUAUGAUGGCCCAAACGCUACUAAUUAUCUCGGACAGUAAGAUUUUAUUUUAACCUACAAGUUUAUAACAUUUUUUCAGACCCUACACAUAUGGCCGAAACUAUUAUGAAAGUUCUAGUAAUGUUAUUUUCUUCAAAUUCCACACUGAUUCAUUGAUUGUUAAAAAAGGAUGGAUGGCAACAUGGGCAGCAAAGUAUUUUUUGGAAUACACAUACAUUAGAAAUGAAAUUCAUUUAAUGUAUUGAUUUUUCAGACCAAAUACUCCUCCAAUUCGUCAAAAUGGAACUAAUGGAACUUUAACUUCGGAUAACUAUCCAAGCAACUACAAUUCAUAUACCGAACAACUUUAUUAUAUUUCUGUGGAUUAUGGUUUCCAAAUCAAUUUGACGAUCACUGAUUUUGUAACCGAAGCUAAUUAUGAUAUUUUGCAAGUCUAUAACUCAUCUGUUGUUUCGAACAGUUACCUAAUUGCCAAGUAAGAUUUUUUUCAAAAUUUAUUUUUUAAAACUUUGUUUUCAGUCUCUCUGGAAGUUCAGUGGCUCCUUGGAACAUUUUAUCUCCUUCAAAUUAUUUAACUCUCAAGUUCACUUCCGAUUCGAUGGUUCAAAAGAAAGGAUGGUCAUUAUAUUGGUUCAUACAAUAA